CGAAGAGGAAGGGCCCUUUAGCCCUUUGUUGGAAAAAGGAAAGCCGCCACGGCCUAAGCUCUGAGUGGAGCAGGAAAUUUGUCAUCACUCCUUUGACUCCCCAGGCAUGGAAGUCAAGGGAACCCUUUUCUUCCCUUAUAAACCCCAGCAAAGCCUCCAGACAACACUUGCUGGGUUCCAAGGAAUAGGAAUAACAGUGGAGAGCUGGCCUGGAUCGCCUCCUUCUUAUAUAGCAAUGAAGCCAGCAGCCAUACAGCCAGGUCAGGAACUGGUGACUUUUGAGGAGGUGGCCGUGUACUUCACCAUGGAGGAGUGGGCUUUGCUGGAUCCAUGCCAGAGAAUGUUGUACAGGGAGGUCAUGCUGGAGAAUUAUGGGAUGGUGGUCUCUGUAGGUGGUAUGUUGGGAAACAAGAUGAAGGGAGAACUUCAACAGCUGACAUUUGAAGGAGCCAAAGAUGGAGAGAAGUUGGGCAGUGAAAAUGGAGAAAAGAUGCAGGAGGAUCAGCAGAUGAAGAAGAAGGAACAUUCAUCCACAGCCUUUCAAGAUCAAAAAAUGGAAAUUUCUAUCAAAAUUUACAAUGAAAAGGAAAGGAGAAAAAGUAUUAAAAGUGGGAAUGGUUUGAGACAUCAUGGAAUUAUCAGAGGAGAGAAAUUUUAUAAAUGCCUGGAAUGUGGAAGGAGCUUCAGUCAGAGUUCAGAACUUAGAUCCCAUCAAAGAAUUCACACAGGGGAGAAACCUUAUGAAUACUCAGACUAUGGGAAGAGCUUCUGUCUUAGCAAAACCCUUAGUCAACACCACAGAGUCCACAUAGGGGAAAACCCACAUCGCUGCUCAGUCUGCAGCAAGGGCUUCUCUCGGAAAUCAACCCUUAAUCGACAUCUAAGAAGUCACACAAGAGUGAAGCCAUACAGUUGCUUGGAAUGUGGAAAAAGCUUCCCUGAAAGCAGCCAUCUCAGUCUUCAUCAAAGAAUGCACACAGGAGCGAAACCAUACGAAUGUGUAGAGUGUGGAAAGAUCUUCAGAAGAAGUAAUGGUCUUCGUCAGCAUCAAAGUACUCACACAGGGAAGCGUCUGCAUAACUGCUCUGUCUGUGGCAAGAGCUUCUCUCGGAAAUCAACCCUUAAACGACAUAAAAAAAUUCACAUAGGAGUGAAACCAUAUAGUUGCUCAGAAUGUGGGAAAAGGUUCAGGGAAAGCAGAAGCCUCAGUGAACAUGAAAUGUCCCACACAGGGGUGAAACCGUAUCAGUGCCGGGAAUGUGGAAAGAGCUUCAGUAGAAACUAUAUCCUUAGUCAACACCAAAGAAUCCACACAGGGGAGAAACCACAUCUCUGCUCAGUCUGUGGCAAGAGCUUCUCUCGGAAAUCAAACUUUAUUCGACACGAAAUGACCCACACGGGUGAGAAACCCCAUAAAUGCUCAGAAUGUGGGAAGCAUUUCAGUCAAAAGAAUAGCCUUAUUCAACAUCUAGGCAUUCACACAGGAGUGAAACCGUAUACAUGUUCAGAAUGUGGAAAGAGCUUUUGUUGGAGAGCAGACCUUAGAAAACACCACAGACUCCACACAGGGAAGAAACCACAUCGCUGUUCAGUCUGUGGCAAGAGCUUCUCUCUGAAAAGUCACCGAACUAUCCAUCAAAGGACUCACACAGAGGAGAAGCCAUAUAAAUGUUUAAAGUGUGGGAGGAGUUUCUCUGAGAAUGGCACCCUAAAUAAACAUCAAAAGGUUCACACAGGGGAGAAGCCUUAUAAAUGCUUGGCGUGUGGGAUGAGCUUCUCUCACAAUAGUAGCCUAAUUGUCCAUCAAAGGGUUCACACAGGGGAGAAGCCAUAUAAAUGUUUGGAGUGUGGAAAGAGCUUCUCUCUGAACAGUCACCUAAAAAGACAUCACAAGGUUCACACAGGGGAAAAGCCUUAUAAAUGCUUGGAGUGUGGGAAGAGUUUCUCUGAGAAAGGCAAUCUAAAUAAUCAUCAAAAGGUUCACACAGGGGAGAAGCCUUAUAAAUGCUUGAAGUGUGGGAAGAGCUUCUCUUGGAAAGGCACCCUAACUAGACAUCAGAAGGUUCACACAGAGGAGAAGCCUUAUAAAUGCUUGGCAUGUGGGAAGAGCUUCUCUCACAAUAGUAGCCUAACUAGCCAUCAAAGGACUCACACAGAGGAGAAGCCAUAUAAAUGUUUAAAGUGUGGGAGGAGUUUCUCUGAGAAUGGCAACCUAAAUAAACAUCAAAAGGUUCACAGAGGGGAGAAGCCUUAUAAAUGCUUGGCGUGUGGGACGAGCUUCUCUUACAAUAGUAGCCUAAUUAUCCAUCAAAGGGUUCACACAGGGGAGAAGCCAUAUAAAUGUUUGGAGUGUGGAAAGAGCUUCUCUCGGAUUAGUACCCUAACUAAACAUCAAAAGAUUCACUCAGGGGAGAAGCCUUAUAAAUGCUUGGAGUGUGGAAAGAGCUUCUCUCAGAACAGCCACCUAAAAAGACAUCACAAGGUUCACACAGGAGAGAAGCCUUAUAAAUGCUUGGAGUGUGGGAAGAGCUUCUGUCACAAUAGUAACCUAACUAAACAUCAAAAGAUUCACACAGGGGAGAAGCUUUAUAAAUGCUUGAAGUGUGGAACUAGCUUCUCUCAGAACAGCCACCUAAAAAGACAUCACAAGGUUCACACAGGCAAGAAGCCUUAUAAAUGCUUGGAGUGUGGGAAGAGCUUCUCUCAGAACGGGAGCCUAACUACCCAUCAAAAGGUUCACAAGGAGGAGAAGGAGAAGGAGAAGAAGCCUUGUAUAUGCUUGGUCUGUGGGGACAGCUUCUCUCAUAAUGGCAACCUAACUAUCCAUCAGAAGGUUCACAUGGGAGAAGCCAUAUAAAUGCUUAGAAUGUGGAAAGAGGUUUAGUGAGAGCAGCAGCCUUUCCUUACACUGCAAUAUUUACACAGAAUAGCCAUCUGUGACUGAUUCAGCUUAAAAAAUGCUGGGUACUGCAUCCAGCGGAAGGGUGGUUGUUGCUUGAAACAGCAGUAAGGAGUAUUAUAGGAGAUUUAUCCCUCGUUUGUUCCAUUGAGUGUACAAAGAAAUCUGUACAGGACAAGGUGAAUUGGACACCAGAGUGUCAAAAGGUUUUUGAACAUCUUAAGGCUAUAUUAACCACGAGGCCAGUGGUGAGGGCACUUGAGUUUCCUCAGACUUUAUAUACAGAUGCUUCCAAUCUUGGUAUUUGGGUGGUGUUAAGCCAGUGUGGAGAGGAUGGUCAGCCACACCUCAUCCUUUAUCUUAGCCAAAAACCUGUAGACAGAGAGCAAUAUCUCUCUGUCAUUGAAAGGGAAUGACUAGCUAUUGUGUGGGCUAUAGAGAAACUAAAGCCCUACUUAGGGGGGAGAAAGUUUACAUUAUACACGGACCAUUCACCUUUGUGGUGAUUGAAUCAAGAACUAUGUGUUAAUGCUGUUUAAUAUUUAGUAAUUUUUGUUUCGCACAUGGCUUGCCCCAUUGCAGCAUCGAGGUUUACAGAACCACUCCUAGUGCAAUGGUUUUUAAGAGUGGGAUAUGUGACAAAUUCAGCUUUAAAAUGCUGAGUACUGCAUCCAGCAGGAGGCCAGUGGAUGCUUGAAACAGCAGCAAGGAAGGGAGGAUGAUUGACAGACAUGCCCCUUCCCUCUUCUGUGGCUAGCCUGAAAUGGCAGCUGGGAGUGAUGAGCUGACAGUUAGUGCUAACAGAAUGAGGAGUUGACAGUUGAAACAAACUGAAGAGUAAGGAGUUGCAGCCUGGCAUCGGACCAGAGAGGGUCGGCCAGAGAGUCCUCUUUGUGAGGAAGAAAGAGUAAAGCCUACCGUUACAGAAAAAAAUAUUAGCGUUAUGAAGCACUUUUAGUCCUUGGACGAAAGUGGGACAGACAGCACUAACUUUUGCUGAGACACAAGAGAUCUGGGAACUUGUAGUGGGCCAAGGAAGUGGGUAGAAAGGAGUCUCCCCUUUGGCCAAAGGGUUAUAGCUUUGGCCUAACUAUAAUUCCUGCCCAGUAUCUGACUCAGUGGAGUACCCUGAGGUCUGCAGAAGAAGGGAAGAUGUGCUGUGUGUGUGCCAAAAUUGGAGCGCCUAACAUGUGAAGGAGCAUCAAACAAAGGAAGAACUUGAAAGAUUUUAAGUCUGACACCAACCUUUCUCAUCUGAGUUGGCAACCUAACAAUACCAAGUGUUUUGUGCCUCAUGUCAGUGAAGUAAUCUGUGCAAAAACCUCUGAAUUCAUUUUCAGUCUUCCGUGCAGUCCCACAUGGGGGCUGCGCACAUGCAGGCCUGCCAAUCAGAGGUUUUUAAGCUUUUUUAUCCACCAGAGGGCGCCCUUGCCUCUCCAUGCGCAUGUGUGGCUGCUUUCCCAUUGAAACAGCCCCUAGGGAGGCACGACACUCUCUCACCCUCAGUUCCUCUUUUGCCGCCAGUCAGAGAGGUUCUUAGCGAAAUUAUGCUCAGAGAGAAGGAAUGUUUUUCGCCAUUUUCAUCUAGGAAAAUUGUGAGUUCAAAUGGCUGAGAAAGCGUUGUUCAAGUAUUCCACCUAGUGCAACACUAAAAUCACCAAGACAGAUGGGUACGCCCUGUAUUUGAUCUGCUUGGGAGAAGGGCAUAAUACCCAAACUUGUAAACAGUGCCUGAGCUUUACCCUCAAAGCCCAUGCAGAGAGGGCCACUUGACUGAAAGCAUCAUUGUGGGAAUGGGCCCUGGCGUGAUCAGAGAAACUAUGUCAAUGAAUUUAUGGGUAGAUCUAUGGACUAAGGAUAUAAAAUGUGUGUCCGGGGUCUGAGUCCCAGCCCCCAGACUUGCCAGGAGGGAGCAGUGGGAGGCAACCGGGAGGCAGCAGCCCUACCACCCCAGCCAGCAACCAGGUCCAGAACCUGCCCACUCCAGGGGGAAGGGGCAAAAGGCCAAAGCCUCAGAGGGCUGGAGGGAGCAGGGAGAGAACAGCCAGUCCCACCCUCCAGGGGGAAGAGAGGGGGCUAACCAGGACAGAGGAAAAGGGCCAAGGCAAGGGGAAUAGGGGCCCAGCAGCAGCCCAAACAGAGCCCUUACCAGCCAAGGAAGAGAAGCAGCCACUACAGCCCAGAGCCACACCCCAGCUAGAGAACAGCAGCCUGGUUCAGGAGCUGCUAGGAGCCAAGCCCCUCCAGGUGGAGCUGCCACAGGCAUUCUGGGGGAGGAGAUGGGUAGCCCCACCCAGCAUCAAUGAGCAGGCAGCCCAGAAGCUGGCCAGGGCAAUUCCUCGUGAGCAAGGCCAGGCAAGCUCAGCAGCGCAGAAGCCGGCUGGGGCAGCUCCUUGCGAGCAAGGCCAGGCAUGCUCAGCAGCACAGAAGCUGGCUGGGGCAGCUCCUUGCGAGCAAGGCCAAGGAGACCUCAGCUGGGGAUGGCUCACACUCAACCCCACCCUGCCAGUAAGGCAAGGAAGCCUGGAAGGGAUUAGUGAUGGGAGGGAAACACCUGAGGGAAGGCACAGCUGGGCCCAGUCAGGAGAGGGAACAAGCCUAGAAGGAGGGCGGGGCAGGGAAAGGAAACCCUAUAUAAGGUGGCUGGGAAGAGCUCUGAGGUGGUGGGUGUGAGGAGUGAUGAUGUGGAGUGAGAGCAGUGCAAUGCAAGAGUGGAGGCUUGGAGGAGAGUUCUGGAAGGAGGAGAUGAUGGAGGAUGCAGAGGGCAAGUUGGCCCGGUUGAGCAGGCUGGGAGGGAGUCUGGGUGAUGUAAACCGCAGGCUGGGAGGGAGUCUGGGUGAUGUAAACCGCCCCUCCUUCCACAGCAGGGUACUGCAGCAUCCCUGGCACCCCUCUGAUGUCAGGGCCGGCCCAGCCAGCACCCUGCCCAGCGGCGGCAGCGACAAGCCCUGACAAUGUACAGGCUGUCAAUUACAAAAUUGGUACAAAAUGUUUUUAGAUGGUACACUACUACCAAAGACAUUGUGAGAAUCAGUAAGGGUUAUAGUGGACAGUGCUCAAAAUGUCAAUGCAUGGAUGCAACAUUUUAUCAUAUGUGGUGGACAUGUAAGAAAGUGCAAAAAUAUUAGACAAAGAUACAUGAAGAGAUGCAGAAGAUUUUCAAACUCGGAUUUGAGCUAAAUCCAAAAAGCAUGCUAUUAAACAUUUUACCAAGUAAUGUCAGAAAAGAACAGGGAUAUCUUUUCAGUUACAUAGUGACAGCAGCAAGAGUGCUAUAUGCAGCCAAGUGGAAAGUAGAUAUGUGCCCUGAUGUGUCAGAGGGAUAGAUAAGAUCAAUAAAUAUGCAUCAAUGGCUACCUACUUCAGUGCAUGAUAGACCAAUAGCUGAGUUUUGGGGGAAAUGGAAGGAUUUCUUUGACCAAAAUUAAGAUUAAGGUAACUCAGUACAAAGAUAAGAUAAAACAGGAAAAUGGUUAACCAAAACAGUUGAUAUUAAAGAUUGUAUGAGUAACCAAGGAGAGGGAAGGAGAGCUAAUACACAAUUAAGCUCUGUUAUACAUUUUGACUGUAUCUUUCUAUUAAUUUAAUUUCAAAUGUGCUUGUAUAAGUUAUAAACUAAUUUUAAAUGUACGGUCUGUAUAAGUUUGUAUAAGUUUUAAACUAAUUCCAAAUGUAGUGCUUGUAUAUGU